CUGACUUGCAGCUGCUGCUUUGAUUUGCAGAGAUAGCAUCUGAGUCCUGAGUCGCUUUACUGGUUACAAGUUAAAAGUCUACGGUUCAAACAAAAACCCUGGGUGUCUGAGAAGAACAUCGAUCUGCAGACGCAGCCUCUGGAGUUUAUACACAGAUAAGGAAGGAUACAGGAUGAAAGACUCAUGAGUUAAGUCUCAUCUCUCUGUAUAGAGAUAGACUAACGACAAAUUCAGAAAACCCAGAAACAAAGUAUUUCCUGUGGCCACAGACAUUGGUUCUGCAAGAGUUCCUCCUAUAUAUGGGAUUCAGAUGAAAAGAAAGUGAACUGUGAUUUCCCCACAUUCCUCAUUUCCGAACAUGAGAGAGCUGUAAGAAAGAACCAUUAACACAAAGACAGUUCUGCAUUUCAGUCCCUUGUAACCACAUCUCCGGUCACUCACAUAAAAAUCUCUCAUAUAUCUGGCUUGACUGGACACUUACAAAUUAAUAUUGAAAAGAAAUUGUACGUAUUUAGUGAAUGUGGCAAAGCUUUCAUCCAGCUUCAGUAGAUGCUAGGCGAGAAUCCUUGUGCAAAACAGAAUGUUGGAAAGCCUUCAGCCCGAGUCAGAGCUUCUGCAUGAUGAACCUGAUCCUGGAGAGAAAGUUUAUGAAUGUGAUGAAUGUAGGAAAACCUUUAGCCUGGAACAACACUUUGUGGAACAUAAGAAAACGCACGGUGGGGAGAAGUCAUCCGAGUGUACCGGAUGUGGUGAAGAGUUCUCCCAAGCCUCUUCACUUACUCGACAUCUGAGAAGUCGCUCACGGAGGGAAUCAUAUAAGUGUGGUGACUGUGGGAGAACCUUCAGCCAGAGAGGAACCUUCCUUUCUCACCAGAAGCAACAUGCUGAAGAGAGACCCAGUGAGUCUAAGAAAACUCCCGUCCCCAUGACAACCGUCGUCAGAAAUCAGAGAAACGCCGGGAAUAAACCAUAUGCGUGUAAGGAGUGUGGGAAAGCCUUUAAUGGCAAAUCAUAUCUCAAAGAACAUGAGAAAAUUCAUACCGGAGAGAAACCAUUUGAAUGUAAUCAGUGUGGUAGAGCCUUCAGCCAGAAGCAGUACCUCAUUAAACACCAGAACGUCCACAGUGGGAAGAAGCCUUUUAAGUGUAAUGAGUGUGGUAAGGCUUUUAGCCAGAAAGAAAACCUCAUUAUACACCAGAGAAUCCAUACCGGAGAGAAGCCUUAUGAAUGUAAAGGGUGUGGGAAGGCCUUCAUUCAGAAAUCGAGCCUCAUCAGACACCAGAGGAGCCAUACUGGAGAGAAACCGUACACAUGUAAGGAAUGUGGGAAAGCCUUCAGCGGCAAAUCAAACCUGACUGAGCAUGAGAAAAUUCAUAUCGGAGAGAAACCCUAUAAAUGUAACGAGUGUGGAACAAUUUUCAGGCAGAAGCAGUACCUCAUCAAACAUCACAACAUUCACACGGGCGAGAAGCCCUAUGAGUGCAAUAAAUGCGGAAAGGCCUUUUCUCGAAUCACGUCGCUUAUUGUGCACGUGAGAAUUCACACAGGCGAUAAGCCCUAUGAGUGUAAAGUCUGUGGGAAAGCCUUCUGUCAGAGUUCGUCUCUAACCGUGCAUAUGAGGAGUCACACGGGUGAGAAACCGUAUGGCUGCAAUGAAUGUGGGAAGGCCUUUUCUCAGUUCUCCACUCUCGCUUUACACAUGAGAAUCCACACUGGCGAGAAGCCUUAUCAGUGCAGUGAGUGUGGGAAGGCCUUCAGCCAGAAGUCCCAUCACAUCAGACACCAGAGAAUCCAUAUUCACUAAAACUCUUUGAAUGCCUUAGCACUUGAGCAGAGUGUGUGGUUAGCAAUGUAUCAAAGGGUUUGUCUUACACUAACGUUACACAAAUGUAGGAAAUGCUUCUGUAGUGACUCACACCUUAAAAUACAAAGGUAUUUAAUAGGAUAGAUCAUAGCAUUAUAUAUACUUCCCAGGCUCUUACAAGAAACAUUAUUAAAUUCUAAUUUUAGGAGUCCAGUGAUUCCAGGUAGGGUUGUCUUGUAGAGCUUAUCAACUGUAUCAAGAUAAUAUGAGCAAUAUAAGGUUUGAAAUGAAGAGGCAAAAAAUAUUUUUGAUAUACGCUUUGGUAUAUAGAUAAUUUGUAAAAUGCGUUUUUUCAGAGAAGGUGUUUUGGGGCAGAUCCCCCUAUGUACAUAGCCCAGGGUGACCUUAAACUCACUAUGUAGCCCAAGUUGGCUUCACGUUUCUUCUGAUCCACGUAUUCCGCCUCCCAGUGCUGCAGUUCAGACAUUGCCAUGCCAAUUCAAGGUCUUUGUUGGUAAAGCUGUCCAAACUUGAGGUUGGAACAGGAUACUGAAUCUAGAAUCAUGAGUGAGUUCACGGAGGAUUGGUAAGAUUGUGGCAGUGUUCCAGGUCAAUGGGAAAAUCGUGGAUGACUGAAAAAAUAAUCUCAGGAUAAUUAACUCUUUUCAUGGGAAAAGACUAGGCCUCUGAUGUCAUCACUGAUUUCUUAGGAACUGUGGCGCCCCUGCAGAACGCAAAGCUUUGUAUAAGAAUUUCCUGAGGGACGUUUCCGAGACCUUGAAGUAGGAAGCCAAUUACAGAUUCUGGAUUCCUCAACUGUUCCUCUCGAGCAUUUCUAUGUAUUCUCAAGGAGCCGACAUGCUUACGUGGGGAGUCACGCAUCAGUUCAUCACAGCAUAAAUUAUAGCGGAAAAUGGGUGCGGGCGCAGGUGUUCGUUGUUUGCAAAGUAGAUGAAGAAAAUGUAACCGUCAUUCGGUAGAAUGCUCUAGCAGCCAAGCCCAACAGGUGAAUCUGUGUGUUAACAGCAAAAGAAUUCAUCAGUGUGAAGAAAUUGAAGCGGUAACUAUGUUGUGAUUCCUGCAUUAAAUUUGAAUAAAACUCACUUCUUACCUACUCUGGUACUAAGCAUCGGUUAUGGGAAACUCUUCUCUAAAACUAGAAUCCAGAGGGCAUGUGUGGUGGCUGCUGUUACAGUGACAGUGGAGUUCCGUGGAAAGGAAGUUGUCACAAAGCAGGGUAAUUUAAUGCUACGUCAGCUUUCUAGUUAAACACCUACUUUCCAAGUAGAGAGGUUCCAAAUAAACGGAACAAAUCGAUAGUUGGUUCUACAUUGUAGCAACAUGUAUUCCUUGUUCUCUUGCUUGUCUGGCUUAGGUGUGGAUGAAAUGUACUGAGAUCCACAUUACUACAACAUUCCCAUCAUGCGUGUGUGCAUCCCAAGGCCCCUCGUGGGUAUCUGAAGCCUUGUAUAGUAUUAACUCUCUGUAUCGGGUUUCCUAUGAGCAUACACACCUAGGAAGAUGUGUAUAGCACCACAAGGGUCUUAAAGUAACAGAAUUACAGCUUCUCUUUCACAUCGAUAUUCUUGGGCUUUGGAAUCAUUGUUAAGUAAAAUAAAUGUCGCUGGGUAGUUUCUGCCCAUUGAUUGGACUCAGACUAAUAAAGUUUGGAAAAGUCCUGUCCUGA